CUACUGGAAGGAGAACCACUUCGAGGGCAUUGCCCUGGUGGAGAAGGCCCUGCAGGCUGCGUAUGACGCCAGCGCCCCCAGCAUGACCUCGGCCGCCCUCCGGUGGAUGUACCACCACUCACAGCUGCAGGGUGCCCACGGGGACGCGGUCAUCCUGGGCAUGUCCAGCCUGGAGCAGCUGGAGCAGAACUUGGCAGCGGCAGAGGAAGGGCCCCUGAAGCCGGCUGUCGUGGACGCCUUUAAUCAAGCCUGGAAUUUGGUUGCUUACGAAUGUCCCAACUACUUCCGCUAG